CUUAGUUUAGCUAAACCAAGCCAACGAAACCCAUUUAAACUUCGUCCAAACUCUCAGCCCUAGCUAUAAAAACAAACUUGUCAACGGAGCGUCCCUAUUCUGCAGUCACAGAUCUAAACCCUUUUGUCACCAAAAAUAUAGCCUCUACUUCUCUCUUACCUCUGUUAGAUCUGAGAGAUAAUAAUGGCCUUAGUUACCAAACCCUCCUCUUCUUCUGCUCCUCUCAAUGAGAAUAAGCCAUGGAAGAUCAAAGUGAAGCUAAUGAGGAUAUGGAAGGAGGGAUUGAGGAAAAGAGCCGCAAACUCGAUCGAUAUGGUUUUACUCGAAUCAUCGGAAUCAUCAAGAAUUCACAUAACAAUGGAUAAAGCUUUCUCUGAAUGGAUUAAGGAUAUUAAUGAUGAAAAGAUCAAUGAUGGAGAUGAUCACGCUGAUAUUGAUAUCCCUGAAAAUGCGUCGUCAAUUGAGUGCCAUGAUCCUAUGGAAGAAAUAGUGAGCCAAGUUUAUGGAGACUCUUUUCGUGAACAGUCCUCCUACUAUUCCUAUUGCCGCGACACGGUUAUUUUGUGUCAUACUCAAUCUGAUGUGGAUCUGAUUAAUGACUAUAUGCUUUCACAAUUACCAGGUGAAGAUAUAUUAUCUCACAGCGAUGACUAUCUUGUUCCGAGCCUUAAGGAUAACUCAAGGCCAGGCCAUUACAUGUUAUUACCUCCAUGUAUUUUUGGUAGCAUCACAGCCCCCGGAGUGCCUAAACAGAUUUUGAGACUCAAGGUUGGUGCUCCCGUCAUGUUACUUGCUGACGUUGAUCCUAGCCGUGGGUUAUGUACUGGGACUAGACUUCAAAUUGUUCAGUUUGGUGAUACUAUGCUUGAGGCUAGAUUUGCAACAACACAACCUGGUCAUCCUCCCCGAACUUGAGUUGAUCCCUAAGAUACACAUGUUCUCUGGGAAAGAUUUUGUUACCCCAAUGCGGCGUACCCAGUAUCCUUUCACACUUGCAUUCGCCAUGACUGUAGAUCAGAUUCGAGGCCAAGCAUUUUCCAAAGUUGGUCUAUAUCUACCAAAACAAGUACUGUCCCCUCCUGGACAAAGGUUUCUUGCCAUAUCCAAAGUUAAGGCCACAACUGGUUUGACCCAAGUUCUUAUCACAGAAGAAGUUGAGAAAUCCCAGGUAGAAGCCGAAAAUGCUGUCUUGAAGAAGUUGUUUUGAAACGUUUAGACUACAGGUCUUGUUUCAGACUAUCUAUAACGUUCCCUAUUUAUGGUUUGUUUUUUCUUUUUCUUCAAAACAGCAUAAUUAAGACUUUGGUUUUAUCAACAAUGUCACACCGUAUGGCUUGUUCCCAGUUAGGUCACACCAUGGCUUGUCUCUUUUUCUUCAAAUCAUUAAUGACACAACUUUCCUAGUAAUUGGUGCUUA